CUUCCCUUGUGUGAGGAGGAAGAGGAGGUGAGGACAGCGAUGAAGGGGCUGAGCCACCUGCUCCAUGCCAGGAAGGAGGCCACGCAGGGAGCCACUGCAGCCAGCCAUGAUGGCCUAUUGCCAGAUGAGAGAGAAUUCCAAUAUGCUGCUAAAAUGAACAAUUUGGAAACCAUGGAAAAGCUGUUUAAAAAGAAUGUUAAUAUAAAUGCUGUAGAUACUCUGAAGCGCACUGCAUUCCAUUUUGCUGUUGCGAGAAGUCAUGUAUCAGUAGUGGAUUUUCUUCUCCAUCACAAAGCUAGACUUGACAUGGCAGAUCAGCACGGCCUGACAGUGAUUCAUCUUGCAGCUUGGACUGGAAAUCUGGAUAUAAUGCGAAAAUUAGUUAAAGCAGGAGCUGAUCAAAAGGCUAAGAAUGAGGAAGGAAUGAAUGUACUGCACUUUGCAGCUCAGAACAACAGUGUUAAAAUAGUUGAUUAUGUUCUCCAAGAUCUCCAUCUGAAUGACUUGAACAAACCUGAUAGGAAAGGUAAAAAGCCAUUCCUUCUGGCAUCUGAAAAAGGCCAUGUUGACAUGAUAAACAAUUUGAUUACUCUGAAGCUGUUUACGUCUGAAAAAGAUAAGGAGGGAAACACAGCAUUGCAUCUAGCAGCCAAAAAUGGUCACACUGAAGUUGUAAAAAUUCUGCUUGAACAGUGGGGGGAAAUAAAUGACCUUAAUGAGAAUGGAGAAACUCCAUUUUACUUGUCUGUUGAAGGAGGUCAUGAAAAAUGUGCUGAGCUCUUGCUGGAAGCAGGGAGUGACAUCAAUGUUCUAAAUCAAAACAAUAGCAGUGCUUUGCAGGUUGCAAUUCAGAAUGGACAUUUAUCGUUGGUUACUUUUCUUAUUGACAAGAAUAUUGAUCUGAUUCCUAAACCUGAGCAGAAGAAUUCCCCUCUCCAUUUAGCAGUCAUCAGUAACCAGCUACCGGUAGUAAAAAGCCUCUUGGAUGCCAAUCAUGAUAUAAACUCCUUAAAUCACAGGCAGGAAACCCCACUACAUCUGGCAGCUGAUCUUGGCAAUGUGGAGCUGGUGGAAGUGUUGCUGAAGGCAGGCUGCGAUCUCAGGGCUGCGGAUAAGCAUGGAAAAACUGCACUAGCUGUGGCAUCAAGGAGCAAUCAUGCUCUCAUUGUAGAUAUGAUCAUUAAAGCUGAAAGGUAUUAUGGCAUGAAACAGGAACACCUAGUUCACAGUGAUGAUGGGCCAGACUUCAGCUUGACCUUCAAACAAGAUCAUAGUACACAGACCAAGCAGAUCCGUUCUUCCCUUUGGAAUCUAGCAUAUAACCAGCUAAACCCUCAGGAAUGGAAAAAACUGGCCCUGUUCUGGAAGUUCACGGGUGAACAAAUUAGAGCUAUUGAAGAACAAUGGACAGGGAAAAAAAGUUACAAGGAACAUGGAAACAGAAUGUUGCUCAUCUGGUUACACGUUAUGCUGCUGGCUGGUCAGAAUCCUAUUAAGCACCUAUAUGAGGAUCUGGUGGAAGCAGGAUUUCAGCCUUUAGCUGAGAACAUCAGAGCAGCAAGUAGCACUGGCAUGGGCUCGAGAAAAUGUGUUAUUUCAUGAGUUCAUCAGUAAAACAUGGCAUAUCUGAUGGAUUUACAUGCCAGAUGGAAGGUGACUUCCACAUACAAGCAGUAUCUUUUCUGGAAACAAAAACCUAUUUUGAAGUUGUAUGACUUUUUCCAAUCUAGACCUUGUACUCCUGAAAUAUUGGUUAGUUCUCUCAUAAGCUUGCUAUACAAUGAUUUAGAGAAUUGAGAGUGAACGGCUAUUACUAUACUGAUAAGCAAGAACCACACUCCUCUGUUUCCCCCCCCCAAGGUUCUGCACCUGGCUUAACAUUGAUACACUAAUUCUGUACUGGAACUGCAAAUUAAGCUAUUUUGUUUGACAUGAAAUGUAAAUGGGAAGUUUUCUACCUGAAUAAAAUUAAUAGCUGAAAAUUAUGUGUAUAAAUCAACACUUCCAGAAAUAGGCUGGCACCUGGCCUCAUUUGGGAUUCAGGUUUAUGUAAGGUCUUGCUAGGAUUAUAGUGUUCCUGUCAGAAGAGGACUUUUCUCUUGUUUAAACGGAGCUAUGAUUAGGACACGUCUUCUUUCUUCAGCAUUUGAUUUAUGUACUGAAAAUAUACAGAAAUACCAUAUUUAAAACCAUGUGAGGAUGGCCUAUCAAUGGCAUAACCAUG